GAAAAUAACACUAUAGAAACCGAGAAACAAGUAGAGAAGCAAACAAACAUAAAAUACACCGACAAACGCGCCACUGUAACAAACGACGACAUGAAGUCUUCUGAGCUAACUGAUAUCCAAGAUAAAAGUGAUACCACCAUAUCUGCCACGAAAGAAUCCGACUUGGGAACAAUAUCUUCAAUUUCUACUUUACCCACUACAGUUGAAAGUACACCUAAAACUGAAAUUGGUUGUCAGGAACAUACAGAUGCGCCCCCAUUAUUUAAAGUAAAGAAAUUUGAAAAAACAGCAGAGCAUUCUGUUUGGAAUCCGUUGGGGUCUAGUGCUAACUUCUGUUCCCAAAGAUGGUGUUCCAAUCUUCAAGAUGGAUAUCCCAUCAUCCACUGAGAGUCCUAGGACUUCUUCCUGGAAGCCCUCUACGCUGCCAACAGUAAGAAUUGGAGAUGAAAAUAUUACAAAAACCAGCUCAUCUGCUCAGGAACAAAUCAAGAAAGUUCCCCCUCCUAUUCCUCCUAAGCCUAAACAAAGACCAGUUAGCGCCCCUCCGAUGGAUAUUGACAUCCUUGACCAGGCGAAAAUAGAAGAAACGAGUCACCCUGCUCCAGAAACAGACUCCACUAACAAAUGGGCUUGUCACGCCUACGAGCCAGCAUCAGACACUGAUUUUGACGGCUACGCUACUUUUCCUAGAAGAAAAAAAAUGUAUUCAUCUUCGAGCUUUUACGAAGAUCCGAGUGCGAACUACCCGACUGUGGAGGAGCAAGUCGAACUUUGCCGAAAAAUUGCCGACUCUCUUUCUGCUGACAAGAAUCAGAAAUCACGUGGAGCCAAUAUGUUCAAUCGAAGAGUAAAAAGGUCACAAAAAUGGGUUCACGAAAAUCCAGAGGAUGAACUGGAACCUUCUGAGCAGGAAGUGGCAGAGGAGAAAACAACUAUUGAAAAGAUAGAAGUCGAACCUCAAACACAGCAAAUGUUAAGCGCGCCAUGUGUUAAAGUCAGUGACGGGCCACCGAAGUUGAAACUGAUUCUUGACCCUAGGCACCUCCAGGAUGCUAGCCAGCUACGAAAAGCAGGUCAAAAUAUUAGUGAGCAUAACGUUGUUAGUCCUGACGUUUGUCUGGGUCUAGUGAAAGACUUGAACUCUCCAGUUGGGAAAGGCGCCGUUAUGUUUGCAAAACGCAAGAAAAAAUCUGAAAAGUGGGUAGUCGAUGAAAACAAGGUUAAAUCCCACCUUACACCACAGAAGGAACUCACUAAACCAGAAAUGGGUCUGACAGCGACGAAGACUGGUCCUCAAAUAACCAAGCUCCAAGAAAUUCUGCACAAUCCACGACUAAAGAUUGUCAAGAGUCCGUGGGAAGCUGCUUUGGAAUCUCCCAUUGGAAGCUGUGAUGCUGCUUUUGUCGAAGUCCGCCAUAAAAGCCCUCCAGACGCAUUAGCUGCUAGCGUCCUUAAGGCAUCAGAAACCAAAGUCUUAACUCCUGCUGCAGCUACUCCGGUGCAGAUUGAUUCUCAGUCCCCUGCCACUACCGCUGCUCCUGUAACAACCAGUCAAUCCACACAACCUGCAAGCUUUGAAAUCUAUCGACCUCGUGCUCCCAAAGGCUGGAGUGGACCGAGAAAAGUGAGCAAUGUUCCAGCUGUUGAACAAAAGCAAAGUCCACCUAGUUCUGAGCCAGCACCACCAUCUCGUCUGGAAAAAGUCGCUCCAUCUGCAAUGUCUUUCCGUAAUUUUAACACGACUCCGAAAACCUGGUUAGCAGUGGGUGCAACUCCAGGACACUCCACGUUUAAACCUAUUAAGACUAACUUAGGAUUUACCAAAUAAAAACUCUUCUCGUCCACAAGAAGUGGAUUCUCUUCAAAGGCCUACAAGCUUUUUUCUGCACUUGAGUGACUGACACUCGAAAGGUUUCUCCUAUACAGAUUCUUCAUCAGUUGGACGUUCACGUUCGUGUUCACUCUAUUGACUAAGCUAUCCCACAAUCUUUAAUGCUGUUUUAGUCUUUGUUAGAAAGUUUUUCAAUUUAAGUGUGUGUCCCAAGAUUGUUGUGAUGGUUUAGUAUAAAUUUAUUAAUACUCUGCAUGUCGGAGCAAUGUUACUGAUUUAUUUUUGAAAAGUUAGUUGUCUCCUAAGUACUGAUAAUAUUUUAACAUUACAAUUUUCCUAUUUUUGCUCUAUCACCUCGUACACUAAUUAAAUUAUAUAAUUUCCAGUGAUAUAUUAUUAUAAUAUAUUAUGUCAUCUUUAAACUUCAUAUUUAUUGUGCAAAAUUGUUUUGCGUGAGUUCUCUUAGUGAGCGACUAAAGAUAUCUUGCGGUAGCAUCUAUAGAAAUAUACUUAGCUAGCAUUUGAUUAAUUAGCUAAUUUAAAGUUUACCUAAUUCUGUAGAUACGAACCUGUAUUUCAGUGAAGGCAGUGUGUCAUUAUUUGUUUUAUAUGAAAUAUGUGUAUGUUUCUGGAGAUGAUGCUCAAUAUUUCCUUAAUUAAAGGAUCUGAUCUGUUCCGUGCGAUAUAGUGAUUACAUUACAUUUGACUGAUUUGAAGUACAGUUAUGAGCUAAUGGGAUAGUUUAAAACUGUUGGCUUUAAGUAUAAGAUACUACUUUAAUUGAGACAUAUAAAACUACUUUCUGUAAUACUCUUUUGAAAAUUUUGAAACUAUAAAUUAUCUACCAACAUGUAAUCAAAUACUGACUUGUAACUGAUGAAUUAUGAAAUUAAAACCAAAAUUUGUAUUACUGAAAGCGCUUUUCUAUUCAUUAUAUCCAUGUACAACAAUGUUGCUGUUUAGACUCAGAAAUUCGAAUUUUUGGGUUUGAGAAACCUUUAAAAUGUCUUUUUUGAUUCUACAAUUCAAAAGAAGACUUCCAGAAAGGAUAGCAACAUCAAGUUGGAAAACAAAUGUUGUUUUCACACUUAAGCUUCAUUUCAGUUAAGUACUUUAAAAUCUAAACCAAAGAAAGUAGUUUUUAGAAUGAUCAAGAUUAUUUUUUGCCCCAAAUGAUGUAACUCUAAUACUUAUUCAUUGGCAUAUUUCGCCUUUUAGUUUACACGUCUUUAAAUUUUGAUUAAGUUGAAUAACUGUUGCUUUUGGUUAUGUUUUUAUUUACUAUAAAAGAGCGUUUUUAGAC